UUUUGGUGGUCUGCUGAGAAGAAUGAGAAGCUGAUGCUCUUUUGGGAAACUUACAUUUUGGUAAUGGAAACUCUGGAAGGAAACCAGAUCCAUGUCAUAAAGCCAGUGUUACCAAAACUAAACAGUCUGUAUGAGCAUGCUAUAUCGGGGGAAAAAGGUUGUUGGUUGUUUCACCCAUCAUGGCACAUGUGCAUCUAUAAACGAAUGUUUGCGAGUGAGAAUAAAACGUUGACGAAGGAAGGCAUUCUUCAUUUUCUGGAGCUUUAUGAAACAAAGCCUCUUCCAAAUUCACUUGGUUUUUCGGAGUUUGUUAUUGGACCGUUAAUGGAUGCCUUAUCAGAAAGUUCCCUCUAUAGCAGGACAUCAGGUCAGUUAAUGGGAGCCUGUCCUCCUUUGGGAAUGAGGCUACAGAAGUUUUUGGCUACUUAUCUCAUGCUUCUUCCAGAAGAACAAAAAGGUAGUUUCCUGUUAAAAUUUAUUCAGAAGAUGACAAGUAGGCAUUGGUGUGCUGUACCCGUUUUGUUUCUUUCUAUGGCUCUGGCAUAUAUCCCUGCGUGUAAAGUACUGGGCACUGAAGGACUUCAUGCUUUAAGAGAUGUCCUCCAGUGUACUAUGAUUACACAUCAGAUUUUGUUGCGUGGAGCUGCUCAGUGCUAUCUUCUUCAAACAGCUAUGCAUUUGACAGAUGUGGAGAAAGUGUCCCUCCCAGAAGUUGCAAACUUUCUUCUGUCCCUUAGACCAGAGGAAUCCCUAAGGAGAGAUACUACGUUAUGGAUGGAGCUUUGCAGUUGGUUACAAGUGAAUGACAGAUGCUUCGGCAAGUCGAUAACCUCUGAUUUUGAACAUCAAGAGACAUCGUCAUUAUAUCAAUAUGUACGCAGUCUUGUGGGAGAGUAUCUUAAGACACCAGCAUCUGAAAGAGAAAAUUGCUUUAUGCCUGACUGGUUUGAAGCUAAGCUUGUCGCAACAGUGAUUUUGUUGGCUGCAGACGUGGAGCACAUGAGGAAUAAAUACAGUGGAAAAAGCAACAUAGAAUGGAUUGAACUAGAGGCUUUCUUGAACCCUCUUCUGGAUGUCUUGAUGAAACUUGGCAGUAAUGCUUACAUACCAACACUGAAAACAGAUAAAAGCCUACAGCUUCUCUUGAAGUUAUUGCAGACCCGUUCGUUAAAAUGUUCCAAUACACAAGAUGAUGGGGUAUUGUUUUUUAUCUGGAAAUCUCUAAUGACAGCUGUGGAGAGUAUUCUUGAAUUUGUUCUCCGACGGCUUACUACAAAUGAGUUGAGCACUGUUGGCGAUCUGGAUCGUUGUGAUCUAUACUUAGCUUUAAUUCCAGAGAUAGUGAACUUGUGCUUGCAAGUCAGCUGGAAGAAGGUACCAUCUAUCAAGAAUUUCAUUUUGUCCCUGACAAAUGCGUCUAUUCGUAAUCUUCAGGAGAGAAAUUGUGAAGAGGAGCCGAAGCUUAAAGAACAAAUUAAGAGAGUAGCUAGCAUGGCUUCACUUACAGCAGUUUGUGAGAUAAUGGAUCAGAAACCUGAAGCGCACAUUGAAUCUCUGCCUUCUGUGGAUGCUCUGAAGAGAUUUAUUUCCUUUUUUCAAUUCAAUGAAGUAUUAAAGAAGCCAUCUUACAUUGAAGAAAAAAGUAGCUUAUGCGAAGAAACAACAUCUCAAGGAUGGGGGAAAAUUGUUGCACGCUAUGUUCAUGACCAGUGGAUUUGCCUUCGUUUCAUUUUAAAUUCAUUUCCAACACUGGCUCAAGAGUAUGAAGAAACUUCAGAAAUGUCAUUAUCUACAGUUGAAAGGUCAAGAAAAAUUCUAGAGUCUGCAUUAGAAGCCCUAACUAUUCUUCCUUCAGACCAAGUUUUACCUGUGUUCGACUGCAUGAAAGUCCUUGUUCCCAAGCUUCUGGACUCAGCGGAGUCUCUCUGCAUAGAAGCAUUUGAUUUGGCCUGGAAAAUUAUAUCCUCUUUGAGCAACACACAGCUAAUAUUUUGGUCCAAUCUAAAAGCUUUUGUUCAGUUUGUCUUUGACACUGAAGUUCUAGCUGUUGCUGCAAGUGCAAAGGGUCAAGCAUAUGCCAAAAUAAAAGAGAUAAUUUUCAAGCUCAUAGAUAUGUCCACUACAAAGACUGGAGUCUUCAAUGUAGUCCUUAGUCAUUGUUGUCGAUCUUGGGUAUUUCCCACUGUUGAUGAGAGAAGUGCCUUGACAAAUGCUUUCUUAAAUGCUGGAAAUUAUUGUGAACUUAUCACUGAGGCUUGUGUCUUUGGAACUGUAUUUAGGAGAGAUCAAAGACUUAUUCAGGAUGUGCAUGCCUUCAUAGAAAAUCUUGGAGAAAAAUGUGCAGCAAAUGUUGUUACAGAAAGUACAAAUCGAGAUGAUCACUACGUUCGGGUUUGUGCUAUUAAAUUUCUGUGCUUGUUGGAUGGAUCAAAAAUCUUGCAUAAGACGUUUAUGGAAGACAUUUUCAUCAAACUGCUUGAUAAAGAUGAACUGGUAUCCAGAUCUAGAACACGCUACUAUGCAAACUCUUUACAGCAUAGAAUUAAAAACCGGGUAUGGCAGACACUCUUAGUUCUUCUUCCAAAGCUUGACCAGAAUUUUUUGUGUGGAACCCUUGACAAAGUUUUCCAGGCUGGAUUUGGUAACAAUCAGGCAUCUGUGAAAUACUUCAUAGAAUGGAUUGUUAUCUUUAGUCUACAUAAAUACCCCCAAUUCCUUGAUAAAUUCUGGGAUUGCUUUAGCUAUGAUGAAGAAAAGCUUAAAACAAGCAUCUGCACAUUUUUAUCAGUGUUAUCACACUUUGACAUCGUUCUUCAAAAUACCUCAGAAAAGGUAACCAGCUUUGAGAAAGCCCUCGUAGUUGUUCUACAGUGGUGUUUCAACCAUAAUUUCAGUGUUCGACUUUAUGCGUUAGUUGCCCUUAAAAAAAUCUGGGGUAUGUGCAGAAUGUUGCAUGUAGAAGAAUUUGAAGCUCUGACACCAGUUAUUGAAUCUAGCCUUCAACAAGUGGAAAACAUGCAUGGCACAGGGUCGGAACUUGCUGAAGAUGAAUGGAUCUCACUCGCUAAAUUUGACAGAUUCACUGAUGUUCCUUUGCCGCCAACAUUUCAGUGGUAUCAUUCUCGAAUGGAACUUCUUGAUCUGAAACCAAGUGACUGGUCUCAGCAAGACAUGGGUUCAAAUUCAGUUGAAACGGAUAGCCAGACCGAAUGGGCUGAUGUUCAGAAAAAGAUUAUACCCUGGAAGAACAGUACUCCUAGUUUAGACCUGGAAAUGGUAUUUCAGGAUCGUGCUGCUAAACUCGGAAAAUCAAACAGCAGACUGAUUGUGGUGGCUUCGCUUAUUGAUAAACCUACCAAUUUAGGAGGUUUAUGUCGUACAAGUGAAAUAUUUGGGGCAUCUGCACUAGUUGUCGGCAGUCUUCAUUAUAUACAGGAUAAGCAGUUUCAGCAUCUUAGUGUUUCUGCAGAGCAGUGGCUCCCCCUUGUUGAGGUGAAACCAUCUCAGCUUGUUGAUUAUUUACAGCAGAAAAAAACAGAAGGCUACACUAUUAUUGGUGUGGAGCAGACAGCUAAAAGUUUUGAUCUUACAGAAUAUUGCUUCCCAGAGAAGUCCCUGUUAUUGCUGGGAAAUGAACAUGAAGGAAUCCCCGCAAACCUGAUUCACCACCUGGAUGUCUGUGUGGAAAUUCCUCAGCAGGGUAUUAUUCGAUCACUCAAUGUUCAUGUAAGUGGAGCUCUGCUGAUUUGGGAGUACACAAGGCAACAAGUGAUCAAGCAAAAACAACAAAAAUAACUGCCAAGAGUUUUGUGCCUUACAGUACAGCUGGGUGACUUACUAUGGUGCUACAACAUGAAAUUCUGAAGAGAUGAGAUGCAAACUCAGGGUGAAUGAGGAUUCUUUAAGUUUUGCAUGUUUUGUUCUCUGUAGUUCAGACUGAUUUUUAAAUGCCUUAAUACUUUACCUCCUUAAAUAAAACUGUUGCAUUGG